AGAGGAAAAAAACAUUAAAAGUUUUGACUCAUCCCGCAGCAGGGCGGAUAAAAUUUUCUCUUCGGUGUGUUUGCAUUGCGAAGGGGAUAUUUUUCCCCGUUUUAGAGUAUCUCAGCGAAUAUGGAUAAGCUUAAUCCAUUUGGGACGCUUCAGCGUUCGAUUGAAGCGUUGAAAACGGUGGACUGCAACACGAAGGAAAAGUUGGCCCACUUCGGACAGAUAAGUGAAACAAUUAUCAAUAUCCGUUCCGGUUCGUCCGCGGCAAACUCUCCCAACUACUACGCACACAUCAGCAGUGCAGUGGCGGUGUUGAUAAUGUUUUGCGAAGAAAACGACUCCAGUGUUCGGAUGGGUGCGGAGGAAAAUUUGUCCCGAGUUGUGCGCCAUUGCGAAUCCACCGGAAACAUCGUUCGCAUACAGCGGGACCUGUAUCACGAAAUCAAGAAAAAUGGGAACGAGCGAUCGCUGCGCACGGUGCUAUCGAUUUUUGCCCAUUACUGUGGUACUAUUCGACAGCGGAAGGCACGAACCUACGCCCAGAAUCUGUUGCCCUGCAUAUACUCCAUUUUCAAACGGCGGGAACCAGCGUUACUGGAGUGUUUGUGUAACUUUACUGAGGUGUUUUGUGAGCAUCUGGAAGGCUACCUCACGGACGGGGAAGUGCUCAAGAUGACGGAACUGUUCCUUGAAGACAUUGGAUCCGAAUGUGCAACUAAGAGGAGAUGUGCAGCGAAAAAUACACUCUUUUUCCUGCAAGGCUCUCGGAAUCCUGACUUUUACGCGAAUAAUGCGUUCAAUCGAUGCAUCGAGCAGCUGCUGAAAUGUGGCCAACUGCAGCAACAGCCCAACACGGUACUGGGCGUGAUGGGUUGCUUCCGGUCGAUUCUACCGAUCGUGCUGCGGAACUGUAACGUAGAGAAAGCGAUAGAAACGUACGAUCUCUGUUUGCAUUUCCUUCGCGAGGGGACACACACCAUCAUAAACGCGACACUCGAGGUGCUGCUCGUCAUAUUGGCUAACGUCCAGUCAGCGGUGCGUAAGGUUUUGCUGUCGGAACAUUGCGAACAUAGGCGUAUGCUUCUGAAGCGGAAAACACUAAAAAAUAGCAUCUUUAAAAUUAAUCCUAGCGAUAGCCUGAUGUCAUCGCGCAAGUCUAGCACCGACGCACGGGCCGAUCAUCUGUUGCGUCCUGGGUCCUUACCACUAACAUCGACUCCGACAAAAUUUGCACUUCCCACAGACGAUCGCUCGCUGGCGUCUGCAUCGGACAUAGAGCUCGACUCGUUGAAAAGCAUGGACCUUGACACAGAAAACCGAAUAGCUCCUGCUCUUCAGUUGGAAUGUUCUGGCACACUUGACACAACAGCAUCCGGUACGAAGAACUCGUCCACGCCGGUUGCAUCUGACACACUGUCGCUGAAAAGCCAAAAAUCCACCGACUCUAUCGGUUCGUUUAUUAACACACUCGCAUUCACCAGCUCGAAUGCGGCCGAAUCGGUAACAAAGUUUUUCCGGAAAUCAAUUGAUAAACCUUUGCCAGACGACGGGGAAGAAGACCGACUGUCGAUGGAAUCGAUGGCCAGCAGCCUCAUGUCGUCGAAUGCGGAAACGAUUCGUGCCGAGCUAGAUGUAACGUUGGAAAUAGAUCUCGAUGACGAGCCAGUUACCGUUGCGCCAUCAAUACCCAUUCCGACCCCUACUCCUUCAAAGGACACGCUCGAAGUUCCGCUUAACAUGUCAAUGGUAGCGGAGGACGUUACCGACAGUGUGAAGGAACUGUUUAUUGGCACCAUUCAUGAUCAGAACAUGUUGGAUUUCACCGCUCGGUUGAUAUGUUCGAGAUUUUUGCUAGCCGGUGCUAGACAUGUCCUUAUUCCCGAUUCCGUCGUGCGCGUCUCCGUUAAAAGCUUAUCGAUGCAGAUAGUAGCUGCGUGCGUGAGGAUGAAACCGGAGCUGCUGGCUUUACCGCUCGAAAAGGACACGUUUCGGGAAGAGUUUGCUGUUGUUGAGAUAUUAAACCUGGAGGAUGCAAUUAAUGAAUUCUCACAGGAAGCGUCACCGUGUGACGAUAAACCAGAUAACGCAGCCGAUGCUGCGACAGCUCUGCAAGAAGAUCCCGCAUCCUCCGAUCUGUUAGAAAUGAAGGAAGACCAUUUUGGAGAAUGCACCAGCGCAACCUACUUUGAGUACUUUUCACCGAUGUCACUGAGUUUGGAUCAGGGUCUAAAAUCGAAAUUGAAAUCAAUCGAAGAAAACUUCUCAAGCGAUAAUAACGAAAAGUUAAGCCGUGAUCUGGACGCGAUCUUGUCACAAUCGGAACCUGGACCCGGCGCAACUAGCCUCACUGUAGGGACGUCGGGAACGGCGCGUAGAAGAGAACUGUUAGUGGUACCAAAGGUAAUAACGACAAUCAAAAACGAACAUCGAACCGGGGUGCGAACAUCUAGCGCAGAAGUGCAGGACGAAAAGGGCUUAAUCACGACAAUGGCCGUUUCGAACCGCAAGGAACCGGAAGACGAGGAACAGCAACAGCUGCUGGCUGACGUGUUGCUGUUUUACGACAGUCCUGAUCCAACACUGCGCGGAACCGUCCAGCUGAUUGUGGGUAAUUUGUUACGCGCUGCUGUCGAUCAUAGUGGAAGCUAUCGACAGUUUCUACGCACAAAAAUACCCAACCUUACCACACAAGCGUUUGUGAGUGAGCAGAAACUGCUUCGUAUUGUAGUGCAGGGUCUUUCGGAUGAAAUCCACACCGUUGCGAACCAAGCCUUAUCGUCGGUGGAGCUUUUCUUUAACGCUUACUUCCAAAGCCUUUCCGCCGACAACAAUUGUGGAAGCUUGAGCGAAUCUCAUAAAACAGCCUCUUCAAACAUUCCUUUCCAAUCGUACAAAAAGAACAUAUUCCUAGACGACUCGCUCAUAUCGCAAUCGGCGGCAACAGGCUCAACGUUCUACAUGAAAGCGCUUCUCGAUCGACUUUUCCUUCUGUCCCAAAACAAGUAUUGGCUGGUGCAGUGUAAGCUGCUGGACGUAGUCAUUCAGCUUGAUUUCGAUUGCAUUAAAGCGCACGGUCAGCAAGGUGAACAGAUGCGAGAGAACGUGCUCGGACUACUUCUGGCCGGUUUGGGUGAUGGCGAUUUCCGGGUGCGGAAUCAUGCUGCCGAACGGUUGUUACAAUUUCUUGCGAGCAACUCGGGUGUUACUAGCACACGCUCGAAAUCGAAUCCGUUGCACACGGAACGAACGGUUAUUGGUGAUUUUGUCGAUGAGUUUGUUCUCGGUACAUUCGCUUCACCGUUUAACCAUCGAACGCGGGAAAAUGUAGACGCGAACCCGACAGAGCCAGACUUUUCUACGGUAAGCCGUGUGAUGUAUAGGAUAAGCAAUCUGAUGCUUAAAAUUGGAGACAAAAAUCUUCAGUCUGGCGUUAUUCAUUUUCUGCGGACAUUUUUGGAUAAGCAUGAUGUUUUCCCUUUCGUAAGCUUGUGGAACGAGUACAAUCUGGUUAACGUGCUGCUGAGCUUACUAAUGGGAAUGAAUGGUAUCGUGCUGGAUCUUGCGGUGCAUGCGGAAUUGCUGUGGAUAUGCUCGCAGAUGAUUGUUGCUGUAUUAUCGGGCAGCCCAUCGAAUGCUCCAACGGACAAUGAAACGAUGAAUAAAUUCAUCAUUCACCUGCUAAAGCUACUCAACAUCUACCAUCACGUGUACACAAACACCUCACCGCUAGUGAUAAACCGGGCUCAAAAAGCGGACAUCUUUAUGAACACCAAAGAGCUGGCACAAAUCAACAGCUUCGGCUAUUUCGGUAGUGACCAUGCGUACAUAAAGUUUUAUCAGCAGGUUCGAUGCUCCAUGGAAAGCUACCGCAUCACGAUCAACGCGGAAUCGGGUCAGAAACUGUUCGAAUGUCUCCGAGCAUCGUUGGAAGCGCUGUGGACGUUGCUGGAGAUGAAAUCUCUUUCUGCCAUGACAAAUGGACAAAAGUUUGUGGAAGAAGUGUUACAGUAUUUGCAAACGUUCCUCACACUCGAACCGGACCACUGCAUACGAUGCACCAGAUUUCUGUUGCGGUUCAUUUUCCAUGCAAACUACAUUAACCGCACGGCGGAAGUGGCAUACUUUCGUAAAGUCUCACUCUCGGAGGAUCCGCUCGAGGUGGCAUCGGAGGAAUUCUUCGGACGAUAUUAUGACUUUUGCAAAGCCAAAUCAAAACCAACUGCACCGGAAAUCGGUGCGUUCGUGAAGCUGUUUGAACCGUUGGUCAUAACGUGUUUGAAGAUCUUCACCAAGAUGCGUUCGUCCGUGCAGGCGAGCAUUUUGCACAUGCUGUGUCAGUUGCUAGACUUCAACAUCAACUACCAGCUGCUGGACGCGAAUAGCCUGUUUGUGGACUCCAUCUUCAAGCACAUCGAAUCGAUCGAACGUGGUACGAUUGACGAUUCCGAGGAGCUGAUGCGUCAGGUGGUACGAUUCCUGUUCCAGCUGAGUGGGCUAGUGCGCGAGAAACCGUUAGUGACGAUUCCGAAGAUUAUUAACAUUUGCGACAAUCUGUUGGCAAACAAUGUCAUUCGCCGGUCGGCCAUUGCUUCGGUGCAAGCGCUGACACAUGAAAUAUUUCUGCUUCGUCUGAGCCGCAAUAGCACCGUUCCGAAGCAGGUGCUCGAAGCAGCCGAAUGCAACACACAGAAAGAGGUGGUGCUUAACAUGCUGAUGAAGUUUCCGGACGAGCUGGACGCGUACCGGAUCAUACCGAUGAUACUGUACAGCGAGCGGUUGCGUGACGGCGGCGAAGCCACCAAUUGUGAGUCGGAUGUUUUAAACGCAUUGCUGCAAGUGCUGGGCGAAGGAAAGCUCGUGAUCAAGCGCAAUCCGGAUUACUACAUUUUGCGACAUUUGUUCGAAUGCCUCAGCCGUAGCCAGCUGCUGGAGAGUAAAGUAGUGCUACGAUUUGUAGAGAUUUUCUACACCACAGCCACUAACGAGUCGUGGAAAAUGCUUCAGAAAAUAAUGUACGGAGAACUGAUCGUUCGGCAAGUGUUUCAACAAACGGAAGAAACGUAUCUGCUGAAUCACGUCGGAUUGUACCUCCGCAAGACAAAGACCGAUUCGACUGAUGGCGUCUCGACAGCGGAUGAUGGACAAGGUACGGAUCGUCUUACCGAAGAUGAUGUUCAAUUGGCAGCCCAAAGCUUAGCCCGAACGCUGGUUUGCUAUCUUCGUGAGUGUUUCACCAUGCUAGAUGACAUGUAUCUAACGUACAGCACGUGUCAAGCGGAUGUUCAGUUUAUGUACGACGCCAUCCAGCGGUACUUCGGGACGCUCAGCACCAUGACACGGUUUGGUGAAGUUAGCCGUGCAUUGGCCGAACAGAUCCCGCUGGAGCUGAUCCAUUGGAGUCGUUUGCCGGUGACAGUUGCACGAUGCCUAAGCGAAGUGUUAAUAAAGCAUGGAUUCGAUUCGGAGCUUAUGCUAUCGCUGAUACGGAAUGAUGAAUAUAACGUGCGAAAUGAUCGACUAGUCACUGCACUGAUUGAGGUACUGCUGGAACACAAACCGAAUGAAUCGAAAUGGUCCCGGCAAGAGGUUGGUGCGUUACUGUCCAGUGAAACGUCCCUGCUUGCGGCGCAUUUCCAACCGCUGCUGCUGUACCACAUAACGGACGAUAAAUUUUCUAAACAAAUUGUGAAAACGCUCAUGAACGGCGUGGAGGGAAAGCUAUCCUCCAUUCAAUGUUCGUUGCUAGAAAAAGCAUCACUCACCACCUUGCCGCUUAUGUGCGGCCGACUAACGGAUCUACUCGAUACGGUCAACAUAGUGACAGCACGCAAUGCUGCUCUUAUACUCGAUCGCAAGCUGAACGCACUGGUACAGUUGGGUGCUGUUGGGCUUAAGGAUAGUGCGGUACUGACCGUACUGUCGGCGGCUGAUUUCCAACAUCUGUAUGCGCGCUUCAACAAUGAUCGCCGACGAAAGUUUCCUAAGCUGUUCAAGACGUUGUCUCAACUGAAAGAAUACUACGAAGGUAUAACGGUGGAUGAAUGCACACGAUCGGCCCAACCAAACAUCGAUGCAAUGACGCUAAAGGAUCUUCCCAUUGGCGAAGCGUGGUUUCUGCAACAAGUUUCCUAUCACUGUACCGAGACCUCGUACACAAAACCACGCAACAUUGCUAGGAUGUUGCUGGAAGUCAAAUCCGAAAGUAAGCUCAUCAAUCUGCUAUCUAGCGGUUCGUUAAAUGUACGACUGCUGCGUGACAUCGUUGCCGUUGCGUUCGAGAGCAUGUUUCUCGCAUUCCGGACCGAUUGUGUACAGUUCAAUCCGCAUCUAAACUAUUUGAAGGUACACCCGAUGCUGAAGGUCGCAUUGAUUGUGUUGAUGCGGAAGCUGAACGAAAUGAAACAGAACCCAAAAGUGGAUAUGGUGGCAACGGUGCACUGUGCCGAAUCGGUCAUUUGUUUCCUGGAGUACCUGAAGAAACUGGAGCACCUUUGUCUAUUCUACAUCGAGGGCAAGCUGAUCGACCGUUUCAUAAAGGAGCAUCUGCUAAAGUCAAACUUUUUCGAGACGCUACUAUCGUUCGGGACUGUAUGUGCCCGUUCGCUGGAGCAAGAAUCGGAGGGAAAUGUUACCCGAAUCGAGCUGUAUCUGAAGUGCAUCGGAAGCAUCGUUCAGCAGCGUUAUCUUUGGCAUGAGUUGAACCAGAACGAUCGUUACCGUGACGAUGUGGAUCAUUACAUUAAGGUGAUGUACAAGCUGAUAGCUGGCUCGCUACUGGACGAUCAACUGUUAGGUCGACGGCAGCUACCGGUCGUGUUUGAAAGUUUUCUAGCAGCCGAAAGCUCUUCGCUGGAGGUUUAUCUGAAAGUGAUCAUCAUUGCGGAAUUUGUGUCCGAUCUUAGGGCAAUGGCAAAGUGCGUUAGGAUGGGCAGUAAUAUGAUUGCUUUAAUUGAAUCGGUUGCGAUACCUUUGCUGAAACUGGAUCGAUUUUAUCCGUACGCAUUGACACCGUACGAACUGUACGAAUGUUACGACUCACUGGACGCGUUGGAGAAUGGCCAUCCAAAACUACCGACCGUCCCUAUCGAGCAUCUGUUCGAUGUGGAGCUGUUGGAAAUGUUUUUGAAAAGAGCAAACGUGUUUGGUUUCUCAUCGCGUCAGCAAUUUGAGGAACUGUUCAUGGCGCUGAUGGUGCUGCUGAACCGUACGGACGAUCCCAUUUUUGUGAACCUUCUAGAGCAACGGGAAAUCAAAAACAUGUGUCUGCAGGCUGUAAUGACUUUGCUACUGUCGUGCUACCGAUUUCCGUGGAUCGGUUUUAGGGAGGGCAAGUUCCAUCACACAACACGCAAUCCAAAAAUUAAAUGCGACUCCAUCGGGCUCAAGAAGCUGCACAACGUUCAGCUGUCCAUUCCAUUGAGUAACGUGUUUUACCAGCCCAAUCUGGAGCGACAUUUGUUGGUCGCAAAUGCGGAUGAUCAGUACGCGCUCGAUGACAGCAGUGUUGGCACGGUGGGGUUCGACCACAAUCAACUAUCGUUAGAGUAUUUCUGGGAGAUUAUAGAGCGAACGAGUGAUCAGAGUGGAUGUAACACGACCUCGGUAGAAUCGCUAGCCGUGCGGAAUAAGCGAUACUUUGUAGAAAAAAUUAACAUCGACAUUACGAGCUCGCUCCAGUUGAUCUACGACGUUUUGAAGCAGUUGAUUGAGGAUGAUCCGACACUGGUUUUGCCACAUUUGGUAAGCUUUUGUGAGAUAGUGGAAAAUCGGGAUCAAAUAUUCUGGUUGAAUCAGCUGCUGCUUAAGCUGCAAGAGCGCGUUCCGAUGGAGGAUACCAUUUCACAGCAGCACAUAAUCUACUUGCUGUGUCGGUUGGCAGCACUCCUAAUACCAACGAUGAGUGACCUAACGCAUCUUUGUACCAUCAUUCCGACGUAUCUCAAAAGCACCCAGCUGUACAUUCGUAACGCAACGCUGCAAGGUUUAAUCUGUUUGCUUGAGUGUCUUAUCAAAACGAACACUUCAAUCGGCACGAUGAACGACGAACUACAUUUACUCCGUAACGUGAUAGUGAACUACAUCGUCAAGCACGGUAUUAUCGAAGAAAGCUCGGGAGCGUUCAGUGAUCUUCAUACGAAGCUUGUUUGGACGUUAAACUUCUACCUGAUCGAGCACACGUCACGCUUCGUGUCCGAUUGUAACCUACUAUCAAACAGCAUUAUCUCUGCUAACAAUAUUCUGAAGCGAACAACUAAUUUGGAAAUUUAUCUGUGCAUUCUAAACGGCCUGGAACGCUUGAUCAUCACCGAUCGAGUUUCGCGCGCGCUACACGAGAAGAUCGAAAAGCUUGCCAUCGAUCUGGUUAAAAUCGACAACGAGAUAUUUUCGCUGUCGGCGUUAAAGCUACUCGUCACCUGCAUCUAUCGCAGCUGCAACGAGCAGCUUGAAAGUACCGAACGCUGUAACGGUAUCGUGCAGGACGAACCGGACAUCAUAGUGCAGCAGAUCGACAAGAUCGAGAUACUGUUCGCUAAAAUACGUACGACCACACCACAGGGUGCCAAAGUGUUUGGUGACGUGUUGUGCCAGCUGAUACGCGAUCUACUACCACCGAACGAGAUUCUCACAAAGGUGUUCAAGGAGCUGAUGAUGAACCAACCGAACCCCGACAUUAUUGCGGGCGUUACGUAUCAGCUGUUCCGGUCCGCGAUCGAUGCGUCGUAUUUGGCGUUGCUGCAGGAAUGGUUGCUCUGUUCACUGCCAAACUUUCUAUCCUUCCCGCAGGUGAACAAAUCCGUCUGGUGCUUAACGGUCAUAUUUUUAUCAGCAUCGUUGAAUCAACAUCUGAUCAAACUGUUGCCGGAGGUACUUUCGCUGCCAUCGUAUCAACAGCUAAACGAAAGGGAAAUUAACAACUUCAUCAUCUCGGCCAAGGAUUUCUACUCCCGGCUCGAACCGAAUGGUGGUGGUGGUGGUCAGAGAGCAAAGUUUAAGGAAAUAUUUCGACAGCAUGAUUCCUUCAUCUUUCAAAGCCUUGUGCAGUGCUUGUAAGGUAUUCGGUAGAUAUUUUCUGUAUUAGUUUUCCAGGUUUUGUUGCACUGUUCUCUUUCAGAAAAUGGUUAAAUAUAGAAACAUCGAUUGUAUGUUGUGUAUUUCAAGUUUA